AUGGGAGCCAGCUCUUCGUCUGUGGAUCACCACGACCUGGAGAAGGGCAAGAGGGUGGUUGUGCUUGUUCAUGGCCUGGCUUCAUGCGCCCUUGAGGCCAUCACGGAGAAAGGUCACGAGCAUUUUUGGUGCGACCACUGCGACGCAGAGGAGGAGCACAAGCGGCUCGUCUAUGUAAGCAUCCAGGAGAUUGUGAAGCGGCCUCAAGUCGUGAAAACGCUGGCACUUUCUCUCGAGAAUGAUUCCGUCCAGGGUACGAAGUGCGUCUCGUCGAAGUGCGGCUAUUCUGGCAUGAACGUUCAGCCGGUGGAGGGCCUGAGUGGCAUUCGGACACUCAACCCAGGCGUGGAGUCAGACAUCACCCCUAUUCUUCUUUGGCACAACAUCAUCGAGCACCUGUCGCCUGACUACAACUGCCUGGCUUACAACUAUGACUGGCGGCGGUGGGGAGACGUGCGCUACGUCCAGGAGUGUGAGACGAGGUUCAAGCAAACGAUCGAGCAUGCAGUGAAGGUCGCCAAAGGGCAGCCCGUCGUCAUCGUAGGCCACUCGUUGGGUGCACAGGUCGUGAACUACAUGCUGAGCUAUUUUGGCCCGAUGUGGACGGAGGCCAACGUGUCCGACGCCGUCCUGGUCGGCCCAGCGAACAUGGGCAGCCCUUGUGCUCUUGCUGCCUAUGCCAAUGGCCCAAGCACUGUCACCCACACCAGCGUGAUUCCGGUUGCGGACGUGCUGGAGGCCGCCCUCCGGGACGUAGCUUCAACGUGGCCAGGCAUCAUCUCCGUGCUGCCCAACAGGCUGGGCACCUUGGAUGUCUUCGAUGUCAAGCCCCUGGUCCUGCGGAAGGGAGGUCGAAAGUACUUUGUCGGGGAUGUUGAGUCUUUCUUGUCUGAUCUCUGGGCGUGCGAGAACGAGGAUAUCACUGGCUUGUACUCAGGGGACAUUUCGAUGCAUGAAUAUGUCCGUCAUUUCUUGGAGGAGUACGGCUUGGUGGACACCAAACGUGAGUGGGUCGCAGGCUUCGACAAAGCGGCCAGGAUGCGAAAAGCUUUCGAGAAGAAGGUCGUUACGAACUUGAAGGCUCCACGGGGCUGUCGCGUCCACGUGGUCUACUCCAUGGACAUUCCGACCUUGAGCCAAAUGACAUUCCAAAACAACCUCUGGGAGAAGGCGGAUUUUUCAGUUUGGGACAGCGGGGAUGACACCAUCCUGGCAAGCAGCGUGGACAAGAUGUGCGAGGCCUGGCGAGCAGAAGGGGUGCACGUGCGCAAGUACCACGCACCCAAGAUCCACCACAAGGAGAUCAUAUCGUGCCCUUACAUGAUGAAGGUCAUGGAUGAUGUGAUGGAGCACGAGAUGGGUGAGUCGGACGACGGGUCCGAGUACGCUUCUUCAGAAGAGGAGGACAUCGGCUGCGGCUGCGCAGCAGGCGACUGA